UUCACAGGGAGAGAGGGUGGGGAGCCCGGGUGAGGGGGAGUCCCCCUCGCCCUCCGCUUUUGUCCCCUCCCCCGUCUCCUCCUCCCCUUCUCCGCUCCGGAGAGCGGCUGGAGUAGCUGUGUGUGUGUGUGUGUGUGAUAGAGCGAGCGAGAGAACGAGUUGUGUCGGGGGCGCGCAGGCAGCAACUCGGGAGCGCGCGCCUCAGGCAGGCCAGGCCAAAGCAAAGCGAAGGGAGGCCGGUGGCGGAGUGAUCCAGGCGUGUGGGUGCUGCGGCCGGGCCGGGUGAAUGGGAUUGAAGAAGAGUUCAGCUUCUCGGCUUGUUUUUGUGUCACAGUUUCUCUUCUCCUGCGCCUCUUCUGCUUCGUUCCUUUCUUCCUGCCCGUCCCCUCCUCCCCGCUGCUGGAGGAGCCCCCCGGGGAGAGGGGAAGGAAAAGGACCCCUCAGAGGAGAGAGAGAAGAGGAAAGCAGGAGGAGGAGGUGGAGGAGGAGGAGGAAAAGGGAGCAACCAACCAACCAUCUUCCACUCCCAGCUUAGAUUAAAGAAAGUGAGAGGAGGAGGAGGAGGAGAAGAGAGGAGCCAAGAAGAGGGGGACAGGGAGGCCCAGAGGAGCAGCUGCACCACCACCACCUUCUCCCUAUGAAGAGGAGCCCUUUCCCCUCAAAGAGAGGUCCUGCCAGGGGGACCCCAGCCAGACAUCAGCAGCAACAUCACCACCACCAGCAGGGCGGCCCAGAGAGCUGAAGAGAAUACGUGGUUUUCCAAAACUGAAAGAGUGUAAAGAAGAGAAAACGUCCUGUACUGUGAAGCAACUCUGUCAAGGUGGUGGGGAUUUAGUAACCUCAACAGCUCAAGAAAGUGGAGAAGGUAGAGAAUGGAGUUGCAGACUCUUCAGGAGGCUCUGAAAGUGGAAAUUCAGGUUCACCAGAAACUGGUUGCCCAAAUGAAGCAAGACCCACAGAAUGCUGAUUUGAAGAAGCAGCUUCAUGAACUUCAAGCCAAAAUCACAGCUUUGAGUGAGAAACAGAAAAGAGUGGUUGAACAGCUGCGAAAGAAUCUGAUGGUAAAACAGGAACAACCAGACAGUAAGUUCCAAAUACAACCAUUGGCACAGUCAGAAAAUAAAAUACAAACACCACAACCGCUACAGCUACAGCAGCAGCAGACCACUGCUCCCUCUCCAAACCUGCUUGGAUCACAGAAAACUGUAACUACAGCUUCUAUGAUCACCACUAAGACACUACCUCUCGUCCUGAAAGCAGCAACAGCAACCAUGCCUGCCUCUGUUGUGGGUCAAAGACCUACAAUUGCCAUGGUGACUGCCAUCAACAGCAGCCAGAAAACUGUCCUUAGCACUGAUGCACAGAGUACACCAGUCAACCUCCAGACAACAAAUAAAGUCGCUGGUCCGGGAACAGAGGCUGUCCAAAUAGUGGCAAAAAACACAGUCACAUUGCAGGUUCAAGCUACGCCUCCUCAGCCCAUCAAAGUGCCACAGUUCAUCCCUCCACCCAGACUUACACCUCGUCCAAAUUUCCUACCACAGGUUCGACCUAAACCAGUCACCCAGAAUAACAUUCCUAUAGCCCCAGCCCCACCUCCUCCUAUGCUUGCUGCACCUCAACUCAUUCAGAGGCCUGUGAUGUUGACAACAAAGUUCACCCCCACCUCUUUGCCCUCCUCUCAGAAUUCCAUACACCCAGUCCGUGUUGUGAAUGGGCAAACAGCAACCAUAGCCAAAACGUUUCCAAUGGCACAACUCACCAGCAUUGUUAUAGCAGCCCCAGGUACAAGGCUUGCUGGACCUCAGACUCUACAGAUCAGCAAACCAAAUGUUGAGAAACAGACUAUCAAACCCCAAGCAGAAGCAGAAGAGAAGCCAACAGAGAUUCGUACAAUUACCCCUCCUGCUCCACCCAAGCCAAAACGAGAAGAAAACCCACAGAAACUUGCCUUCAUGGUGUCUCUUGGACUGGUUACACAUGACCAUCUAGAAGAAAUACAAAGUAAGAGACAAGAGAGGAAACGAAGAACGACAGCAAAUCCAGUGUACAGCGGAGCUGUUUUUGAGCCUGAGCGCAAGAAGAGUGCAGUCACAUACCUGAACAGCACAAUGCAUCCUGGGACACGUAAACGAGGUCGUCCACCUAAAUACAACACGGUGCUGGGGUUUGGGGCUCUGACCCCCACAUCCCCUCUGUCCAGCCAUCCUGAUUCCCCUGAAAAUGAAAAGACAGAGACCACAUUUACUUUCCCUGCAACUGUUCAGCCUGUGUCCCUGCCCAGCCCCAGCUCCACAGACGGUGAUAUCCAUGAAGAUUUUUGCAGUGUUUGCCGGAAAAGUGGACAAUUGCUGAUGUGUGACACAUGUUCACGUGUGUAUCACCUGGACUGUCUGGACCCACCUCUGAAAACUAUUCCCAAGGGCAUGUGGAUCUGUCCCAAAUGUCAAGACCAGAUGCUAAAGAAGGAAGAAGCAAUUCCAUGGCCAGGGACUUUAGCAAUUGUUCAUUCAUAUAUUGCAUACAAAGCAGCAAAAGAAGAGGAAAAACAGAAAUUAUUGAAAUGGAGUUCAGAUUUAAAACAGGAAAGGGAACAAUUAGAACAGAAAGUCAAACAGCUCAGCAAUUCUAUAACAAAAUGUAUGGAAAUGAAGAACACUAUCCUGGCAAAACAGAAGGAAAUGCACAGUUCAUUGGAGAAGGUAAAACAGUUAAUCCGCCUCAUUCAGGGCAUCAAUCUUUCAAAACCCAUAAACUCGGAGGGCAGUUCAGUAGCCAUCUCCAAUGGCAUGGACUCCACCAAUAAUGCGAAUGCUGCCACCUCCACCCCAGCCUCUUUGCCCUCCCAGAGCUGCAUGGUGAACUGUAACAAGGGUGAUGAAAUGAAAUAACAUAGCACAGAAGAAGGAGCCAGGGGAGAUGGCGGCAAGGAGGAAGAGCAAAACAAUAAAACUCUCUAGAAAAGCAAAGCUGGAUUUUUUCUGGGAAGCGCAGAACUCUUUGGUUCCAGAAAAGCGUGAAGAUGCUUGUGCCAGGCGGCACCAGAGUUGCCAAUCGAUCCUUCUUAUUCUGUGUGUAUGUGCAAAGUUUGGACCAUGUUACAUGAAUAGUGCCAGCUGGAGGUUCUUAGCCAGCACCAUGCCAAGUUAAAUAAUAUAUUUACUCUCUCUAUAUUUUACACCAGUGUGUGCCUGCAGCAGCCUCCACAGCCACUAUAGGUUUGUUUUCUUUUUAUUUGGGGGUGGGGAGCAGGGAGGAGAAGCAGGUUUCAAAUCUUAUCUGCAGACCAGUUUGUUUUAGCUAGGGAAACUUCAAGUCCAAAGAGCCUGUUGGCUUUUCCUGUUUCUAAAUUCUCCGUACUACUAAACCAAAAAUCCAGAAAUAUGAAUUAUCUGUCCAGAGGGGUGGGGGGGAACCGAGCAUAUCCAAUAAGCAGUAUUCACUAUUGUUUAGACAGGAAACACAAAAAAGAACGAGGAAGGAUUUUUCACUAAGUAUCCAGCAUGUGUUGUGGCUGGGAAUUACUAGAAUGGCAGCUUUGGGUUAUCCCUUUUUUCAAAUAGACAAAUGAAAUGCAUUGCUGAUCCCAGAAGCCAUUGCUAAAGAAGAGAAGGAGGGAGAGAGAUAGACGUGAUCAGCAUGCGUUUCUGGAAGAGCGUGCCAUGACUGAAAAGAAAAUUCCAACCCCACUAUUUUUUUGUACAUUUAUCAAGCGGAAAGUAUCCCAGACAAUGCAGCACAUAUCCCAAACGUAUGACCCAAACAGAUAAAUGCCUGUUUCCUUUCUCUUUUGGUUACAAAUGUAAGGAAUAGAAAAGCUGUUUUUUCUGGCUGACAGUCCAAUUAAAGAGGUAGAUGGGACCUUGCAUGGUAUAGAUUAGAAGUAAUAGUGUCAGUGAGAUACAGUGAGUCUUUGUGAAUCCGUGUGUCAUCGUUUUGGGCACUGUUUUUUAUGCAAGGGCAAAAACUUUGUAUCUGGGGGAAAAACAACUUUUUUAAAUUAAAAAAGAAAAAAGAUAUUGAGGUCUUCCUAGUGUUACUUAAAAUAAGAUCAAGGUAAGAAACAUUGUAAAAAUUACAAAAGUGCUAUUUGUUUCCUAAACAAGUGAUUUCUAUUAAAAAGGUGUCAGAACUGGAGAAAAUGCUGUGUACUUAGAAUUUUUUAACUCAGAAUUUGCUUAUGAUGUUGCCAUUCUGCUAUGUUUCUGUUUGAAAAUGCCUUGGGGUGUCCAGAGAUUGUCAUACCACUGAAAUUGCCUGCAAAAUUAAACUGCAUUCAGUCUGCAAACCUUUCUUCCAACUGGGGGAAAGCCACCUCCUAAUUCUCACAUGUGCUUAGAAGCACAGAGGAAAAGCAUUGGCAGCAUUAUUAACACUUCUAUUGUAUUGUGAUACAGAACCAUGGAUUAAUAAGGAACUGGAUAUGAAGGGGUUUCAUGUUGAGGUUUGGCUCUGAGUAGCACAGCUUGCCAGUCUUCUAUAGUAAUUACAAUCUGUUUGGGGGAAGUUGAUGCUGGACAUCACAUGGGUGAGUCUGAAGUACAUGCUUUGGCAUAUAUAAGGGUCAUAGGUCAACAUUUUGGACCCAUCUAGCUUAGUGACAGUGUUCCUGUCGCCAUCAGUCAGGGCAGAGUUGACGUUUGGCAUUUUCCAAGUACUGUACACGCAAACAAGCAGAACUCCUCUUUCAGGCAGAUGUUGUCAGCCAGUCACCAGUGAUGGUAAUGACAUGCUUUCACUAUUCUUUAUAAAGAACUAUGCAUUCCAAUGCCCUUUAUUGACAUGUGCUUCUGAAUUUCAUUCCUACCACACCUACAUUCUUAGGGCAUUCAUUUGCUUUUUUUUAAAGCCUCCAUUUUUGUCCCUCAAGGACUCUUCCAGCUUCCCUGACACUUUGUCAUGCUCACUGCAAAGUCCAGCCCCUGAUCUUAUAUUCUUAACCUUGUGAAGUGUAAAGAGGAUUCUCUUUCAUAGCCUUAGCUUUAUGUUUGAUAAAGUCAGGCCUUACCUUCAACUGUUGUUGAUAUUUUGUAGUAAAAUCAGCAAGUGGAGUAGAUGUCAUCAGUGGAUAAAAUGAUAGGGCAGCAACACAGAUACAUGGAACACUGCUCAGAGGAAAUACCCUUUCUAAAAGAAUGCACUUAGCCAAGUAUCUCUGGGGCCAAAGGUUUGACAGGCUUGUAUACCUUGUGCCUCACCAAGACCCUCAGUAAACCUCCAGUCUUUGCUGUCUUCCCAGGACUGCAAAACUGAGAGAGUGGUUAAAAAAAACUGGCAAGCAACAGUAUAUGGUGUUGGGCUACUUUUGGCUUGGGGAUGCAGGCCUAGUUUAAGAUAAUGUUGAGGGCAGUAGUUUAAAAAAAAAUGCUGCCCUCAAGCUUUUGGCCAGAAGUAAAUUAGCAACUCAAAGAUCAUAAAACAGAAGCCUUGUUGUGAGCCAGUUGUCUGUACUUGUCCUCUGCAGGUUGAACAUCUGGCGUUGGCAGCUGAGAGGAGCAGAUUAGUGAAUUCUAACCUUGCCAGUUCCCAUAUGCUAGUGGCCCUUCCUUCCCCUCAAAGGCCAUUCUUGCCUUCCUUUUUCUGUGCUAUUGGGAGCACUGUUUAGAAAUGUGAAUGAAUUCAGGGAGUGGCCAUGAUGACCUCUCCGUCUAUGAUGUAAAGCUGGCUGAGCGCAGAAUUAGUAUAUUCUGGUAAACAUGGGGCAGCUGCCAAAAUUUAGUAGCCCCAUGUUGAGAUUUCUCUCUCCUUAAUAUGCAGUAAAGCUUGUUCAGCACAAUUAUAUCAGGAAACAGUAAGUUAUCUGACAUAUUACAGAAAAUAACUCCUCAGCCCUAUCUAUAUUGUAAUGUCAUUGUGUCCUUAGAAAUGUUGUUAAACAUUUUAAAACAGUACCUCAGCAAAGAAUCAUUAACAACAUGCUCUCUUUAUACUCCCACAAAACAACUCUUCCUUUCAGAGAUCUCACUUUUCAUUUUACUAAAGGUGCAAUGUGUGGAGGCAAGUCUACCCAUCUUGAUUUAUCCAGGUCUUUGCCUUUUAGUUUUUUUGCCUCAUGACUAAUGGCAUUGGUAAUAGCUUUGUUGAGCCUGCAGUGCUGGUAAUAAGGAAGAGAAGUAACGCUAUUCUCUGACUUACCCACCAUUUUAUGAACCUUUAAUUUUGCAAUUUUUCUGAAGCUGUAUGUUUCCUCUCCCCUCUCUUACCAUGGAAUUACAGCCAGCUCGGUUUAAGAGGAAAGGGGAGAACAAACAGCCACAAGCCCAUUUCUCUUUUCUCUAAAUGUAAUGCAGAUGGAAUAUUGUUGGUGGAUUUAGCUUGUAUAAUCUUUGUAUAGCACAAAGAUUACAAUGUAGUCAGUGCAUAUUUCACUUGGCUGUGCAGGAAGGCCUUUCCAUGUACCCAAGAAUGAGUAAAUAUGAGGCUUGCUGAAAAGGAAAAUUGUGGUGUCUAAUAUUUAUUGAUUGAUUGAUUUGAUUUUAAUUUUUUAUUAAAAUCAAAUUAAAUUAAAAUUUUUGAUUUGAUUUUAAUAGUGUGUCUCUGAGGUUUUCUUUUACCUUGAAAGUUGCUCUCAAGAUGGAGCAAAGCUGCAAUACAUCAGGAUAAGCUGAUGAAAGUUUUCUUGUUGUGAAAGUGAUUGGUUAGAUCUCCCAGUGGCCUGUGUUUGACUAAUCACAGAGCAGCACUUGCAAAGAUUACAGAGGUCAGUCUUGAGAAUAUAAUGAUCUCAAAAUGCAUCUUUAGUAGUGUGAGUCAACAGUGCUUAGAUUACUGGAAGCUGAAUCCUUUCUAGACAUGGGCAAUAAUUGUAGUAAGAUUCUAAUUCAUAGUUAUUGAAUUAGAUCUGAUUCAUAAUUAUUCCUUUUCCUAAGAAUUCUGCUGCCAUGUUGUUGGUGGGAUUUUUUGUGGCUGGUUGUAGAGUGUGUGUGUGUGUGUGUGUGUGUGUGUGUAUUAUGUGCCCUGCUAAAACACUCGCUGGUGCGGCAAUUCAUAGACUUGGCUGUGCAUAUUUGAGAAUGCAGCUGGGAGUUUUAAUCUGCCUGCCUGCAAAGCAAAGAUUGGAUAGACUGUGUGGGCAGAUCCAUUGGUUUUGUUGGAAGAACAAACCUUAAAUUCUGGCCUCUGUGAGUUUUGUGCACUUAGUGCAUAGCCAUUAUGAAAUUCUUGCACUUGGUCUGCAAAACAUUCCACAAGAAGCUUUUUCAUUGGCAAAUUGCAAUUUCUCAACAGGUAGUUAAAUUAAGUUGCUGAAAAAUUGUAGCAAGCACAGCUCCUGCACUGGUGAGUGCUAGGUAGAAUGUGGUUGUACGAAUCUCACAGAUCUUAGUCUCUAAUGGUGUCACAGAACAGCAUUUCUUCUUUUUGACCCAGCACUGUAUUUGUCUGCUUGUUGAUUUUUCCUCACUUACCUUUCCCCCCUAAAAACUCGUCUGACUAUUGAUAGCCUUUUAAAUCUCCCCGAAAUUUGGAUACAAGCAAAACAUUUCUUUAUUACCUUAUUUCAUGGCCCUUUUCCUUUCUUACUAUUUUUUUUUAAAGGUUGUUUUAGUUUUGUGCUGUUGGUCAACCCAGCACCGCACAGUGCACAUCUAAACUGACAGCUCCUUCUAAACUCCAGCCAAACAGGAUUGUAAGCAAAGUUCUGCUGUGCAAUUAUUUCCCCCACUUCUGCAGCAGCAAGGCUGCCCCUCUCUAAUUAGCAGGAAAGGGAAGCUCUGCUAUUGGAUCUGGAUCAGGGAAAACAAAUGCCUGCUUCUAGAAAAGAAGUAUUGCAGGGUGGUGGUGAUUUUCUUCUGAGAUCACUUGAUGCACGUUGGUAUAAAAGUUGAUUAUGUGCUUAAGCCCCACAUAACAUUUCUGGACUCUCUCGUUAAGCACAAAAGCAGAGGACUACAGCUCCAGCUUCUCAGUUCCCCCACCCUCUCUUCCCACUGAGGAUAAGAAACCUCUUUGUUAAGGUUCUGUAAAACUGUACAGUGUUAAGUAUUUAUUUGUACCACCAAGAACAGACAAUAACAAAUACAUUCCAGGUGACACUGGCUGUUACGUUAUCAGUCUUGACAGCUUUUAAAAACUACACAGCUCUACAUUGUAAUUGGAAUAAACAACUGUUGACUUCAGCAUUUAGCAUCUUCUUCAGUUCCAGCAGUACUUGCCAUCCCUGAGUUUCACUCUCUACCUUCUAUCAGUAGUAGCCUGUGCUACUUGACAUUUGUAUCUUACUAUCAACUUGAUAACAAAAUACUGGGGGUGAAAGCAUUGACUUCACCAGCCUCCCACAGCCAUACCCUUCCCUUAUACCAUCCAAGUGGGGAAUCCAUUUCCUUCAGAUGCGCACCCAUCACAGCCCUGAUGACGAGACUGGUGGCUGGAAUUGCCGUGAAAGGAGGGGCCCUGCUCAGAGAAUCCUUCAUUCCAGCAAGGAUCCAGCUAAGCUUUUCAUUACUGUUGUUUUGUCCAUCAUAUGGAUUAAACAAAGCUAGCAGUAAGGGAGAGGCAUAUUCCCUCACUGGUUGAGUUAGGCCAUUUACUAAAUGUACUAAUGAAACAUUCAGUCAGUGGGAACUAAUAGAGAUCAAGAAUUGGACAAUAAAGUUGCAUUUGGAAACUGUGUGUCACUUUGGGCACAACUGAACACACAAAUGUGAAUAACGCUUAGUCUUUCCUAAUUCUGUCAAGUAACAAGUGGUUUCUUUGAUACUUCCCUCAUCUUCGACUUACUUUGUAGCUUCGUUCCAUCUUGUAGUAGCAGAGGAAACUGCUUUGGGCCACUUAUCAGCCAAUUACCCAUCUCUGUAUCAAGUCCAGCUGUUGCUCUUGAUGCCAGAAUAGUUUCCGUAAGGGCUGUUCAAUGUAAGCUGUGUGUGAUCGAGGUCACUGCCCUAACCUUCAAGGCAACUCAAUGGAAAGGCAGGGCAGUGGGUUUCCACCCAUGUAUAUGAUGUAUUGAGUCAAGCAGCGGAUCACAGAACCUCACAUGCAGCAUCCCUCCAUCUCUUCCUCUCCUAAUGUUUGUGCCAGAUCAACUCAAUCUCACUUGUGCUGCCGCUGCAUCCUGAGUUCCCAUAUCAUUUGUUCUUUAAAUGAAUUGGGUACAACAUUGCUUUCACAGACCAACAUUCUGUGAAUGGUAUAUGGAUGCAUGACUUGGUUAGGUUUAUUUUAAGGUUGUUGUUUUUUUUAAAAAAAAUUAAUAGCCUGGUGCUCAGUGAUUUGCAGUCUCUUUGCUGCCUUCUUUCUGUAGCCUUCCAGUCCCUUGUGGGUUUGGUACAAUUGUGUCUAGAUUUUAGUCUAUUGAAGUGGAAGGAAAAGAGGGGGGCCAGAAUAAAUGAUCAAUUUGUAUUUAUUUAACAUUUUACUAAAUAAAAUAAUAAAAUCUCUUGUC